UUUGUCACAUGUUAUGAUACUUGUCUGGUGGGUAGCAAGAAAGUUAGCCAUGUUCUUUUUUUAAAGAUCUGAAUGCAAGUGUAAUGACACUGAGCGUCUCUAUGACUGUCAUCUCCCUUAGUCUUUUACUCUCUUUUUAAUAACAUGCCUGGGAAUGGUGGAGUGCUGCAUUUAAUACACAGGCACACUUAGCCACCUUUUCAUACUCUGAGCCAUUGUCAUAACAGAGCACAACAAUAUUGAUUAUUCAUUUGGUCAAGCUAAACAGGAGCAAGGUGGAUAAUUUCACUGUUAUUGCUCUGUCUCAUGCCCAGUACUCUGAGCAGCUUCUUUCAGAUAUCCCGUAGGUGGAUUGUGUAAUGUUUAAUACCAAAUUUACUUAUUUGAAGAUAGGUGAUGCUAGACACUUUUUCUGACUUAACAGGGUGAUCCAACAUAUACUGAAAUCACAAUACAAAUAUAAGUUACACUUAGCAUAAUAUAACAAUUGCAAUAUACAGAUCAAUCUCAAUAUUGGCAUGUUUUCCAUUAUGAGUUUCUAUAAUACAAACACAGUCCCCGCUCACUGAAAAGGAAUAUGUGUGUUGAAACCAGCUAAAGCCUAUCCCAGUCUCUGAAAAGAUCUUGUUAGUUGUUUAGUUCUUAUCUGUGUUGUGUUGAGCCAUGUGGACACUCCUCCCCAGGCUGGUCUGGCUUAUUAACUCAGGGAUAAACAGUUACUCUACCAGCUGAUGCAUUCAACCAACAUAGCCAUUUAUCUGAAGUAGAGGCUGUCUUCCAGUCUUCUUUGUGUUGAGAUAAAGUCAGCAUUCUUUGCAACAUCUGUGGACAGCCUGCAUUUUUCCCUGAGCUUCAUGGGCAACCCUUCUUCCUUUGUAGGGGUUUCUUGGUUAGUCACAUGCUGUUAGGUCCUGUGCACAUUGACCCUGCACAGUGUAUUGGGAAAACGCUGCCAUUACAGCGUGGUAUCAAUUGUGUAUUCUAUUGGCAGAGCCGUGUUAUGGCCUCAUAGGGACAUAUAAGAGUAGGCCUGCCUUUUUUAAGUUUGCAGUGGAAAAGCCUGCCAAUAAAAGGGUCUCAUUUCGAUAUCUAGAACCAAUAUCCUCCAGUUUUUACAACCAGAUUUGCAGUGGUAUUGGAGGAUCAGAUGGAUUAAAUCAGAGAAUUUUAAAACAAAGAUAAACCCCUCUGCUGUCUCAUCUGCCCAAAGCCUCCAAGUCCCCCAAAGCUCCCCUGAAAAUCAAAGCCAUUUUGUUAGGCACCUGAUGUUUUUACUGUACCAAAAAAGGAUGCUGUGUUUGAAACUCCUUGUUAAAUACUUUUAUAUUGUAUCUGGCUGAGACGGAGUUAAUUUUCCUAUUGCAGUCCUCAUAGUGCUGUGCUUUGCGUUGGCAGCUAGAAAAGUGUUGAUAACACACCAGUGUUCGGCUGCUCCGAAGCAGUACGUGCACAGCGUCUUGGCUGUCUCUCUAACAACCCCCCCAUCUACACCAGUACGCUGGGGAUGGGCGAGAUCUUGAGAGGAGAUGUAGCCACAACAUCUGACCCAAACUGACCAAAGGGAUAAUCUGUAUGACAUCUGCUCUGCAACAGAAGCUAAGAGAAGGGGCAAGGAGUUGGGGGCGGGGAGUGUGUGGUAUUCCUUAUUACGAUGUCUGUCUUCCAGAGCAACUGCUAUGCAUACUGAAGCCCUGCUUCCCUGGAAGUGGCUGGACAUCACCUGAUAGGAAGUAGAGAAUAAAUCUUUAGUUCUCUCUUACUUCUAGAUGCAGCUGUUGCUUUUCCUUUAUUAAAAUGCCUUUAUCUUUACCCACAGGUUUUUUCAUCUUAUUUCCCACCCAUUCUGCUGAGGAGGGGAAUGAAAGAGCAGCUUGGUGGGUACUUGUUGUCCAGCCAGGGUGACUGCACUACAGUCCUUUUUUGGUCCCCAAUGCUGGGCAUGAAGAAUGCAAGCUAAGGAUAGUGUCUGGGAGUGGUAACAGGCAAAACAUGGAGUGAACACAGCUGGAGAGCGAAAAGUGAUCAUGGGGAAUUUCUGAUGCUGUAAUUGUGGUGAAGGGAUGAGAAAUGGAUUGUGUGUGAAUUGUCCGCUUUUGUUUGGUGUUGUGAUGUUAUUUUGAUUUUGGUGGGGGGGAAUUCUUUUUUGUUGUUGAGAUUGAAGUUUGUGAACUUUGUGUGAUGAAUGUAUAUUUUAAUGAUAAUUCUUAAAUAUGUGAUUCACAGAGGCAAGGAGCAGAAUGUAUUAGGUUUGCAGGGCAAGAGUUUGGUAGCAGGAGGAGCUACAGGUGUGGCUUCCAUGAGAAGCUGCCAGAAACUUCCCUUAUAUCCAACAGAACCAAAGGCAACCGGCUCUGAAAUGGACCUGCUGCUGGCCAAGGCCGAGCCAAUCACAGUGGUGGUAGCACCUCUGUGAUAACAUAUUUAAGAAGCAGAGGAAAUAAAACCUACAAACAACUGCAGCCAAAGAGGGGCAGGAGAAUAUAUCAGAGAAGCAACUCUGCAGGUCACUGAAGAACAGGGGGGAGGAUGUGCUUCAGGCACUGAAGCAGACAUUCCCUGCAGCCCAUGGUGAAGGCCAUGGUGAGGCAGGUUGUCCCACUGCAGCCCAUGGCGGUUAACGGUGGAGCAGAUACCUAUCUGCAGCCCAGGGAAGACCCUACACCAGAGCAAGUGGAUGCUUUCAAAGGAAGCUAUGAUUCUGUGGGAAGCUCAGGCCGGAGCAGGCUCCUGGCAGGACCUAUGUACUUGUGGAGAGAGGAGCCCAUGCUGGGGCAGGUUUUCUGGCAGGACUUGUGACCCCAUGUGGAACCCAUGGUGGAGCAGUCUGUUCUUGAAGGACCGCACGUCAUAGAAAAGAACCAUGCUGGAGCAGUUUGCAAAGAACUGCAUCUUGUGGAAAGGACUAAUGUUGGAGAAGUUCAUGGAGGAAUGUCUCCCAUGGGAAGAACCCCAUCCUGGAGCAGGGGAAGGGUGUGAGGAGUCCACCCCCCAAGAAGGAUGAGGUGGCAGAAACAAUGUAUGAUGAACUGUCUGCAACCCCCAUUCCCUGUUCCCCUGCGCUGCUUGGGAGAAGAAGGUAGAGAAUUUGGGAAUAAAGUUUAGUCCAGGAAGAGGGAAGGGAUGUGGGGAAGGUUUUUCAGGGUUUGGUUUUAUUUCUUAUUAUCCUACUGUGAUUUGAUUGGUAAUGAAUUAAGCUAGUUUAAUCAGACUGAGUCUGUUUUGCCUGUGACAGUAAUUGGUGAGUGUUCUCUCCCUGUCUUUAUCUCUGCCCAUGAGCUCUUUGUUAUAUUUUCUCUCUUCUGUCUACUUGAGGAAUGGGAGUGACAGAGCAGCUUUGAUGGGGUCAAGCCACUACAACUUUCUACGUGGGGUUGUACUUCAGAAAGACUCAUAAAUCAUCAGUGCAGAAUGGUCACCUUCUCUUCUUGUAUUUCCUCAGCCUGGUAAAAUACUGCAGCCUGUUCAGCUUGAGCUGCUGAAUAGCCUCUGUCAUGAGGGCUCCCAGUCCCGUUGCCAGUAGGUUGGCCAUCCAUUGCAUUGGGCUAUCAAGGAUGUGUCCUCACUCUUCCUGGCUUAUAACAGUGUAUUUCAGUAGAAAAUCCGUGUGACGUGCUGUGACGUGCAGUGAAUAUACAGUGACGUGUUCUCACAUCAAUGGAACCCUACAGGGAAAGGUGAUGUAAAAAUUAACCUCAGACACAUUUGGUUUCUCUCAGUAAAACUGAGGAAUGGUGGGGAGGUGGUUUCUGUGCUCCUUGAAUUGGUAAUCACAGGGUGCGAUUGUCUUGCUGGUUGCUUGCUGUUAGCCAGUAGGCAAGGUCAUGCACAGCAAUUUACUGUUUCAUUGUUGUAGUGGAAAAGAGACCUUUGAUAAGGUCUGUGAUGUGAAAAUGAACAGGUGGGCAAACGGACCUACUUCUGUGUUUCGUCCUUGAAGACGAAUUCUGGGAAAGAGGAGGGUGUAUGUGACGUAUUCAAUGACAUGACUAGUUUCAGAAGGAACACAAUAGAUGCAGUUCGGGUAUAAAGUGCACUGAGAUUUCUUUUCUCUUGGAGUGUUGUGCCAUUUAGUGGAUUUUUUGUUUUUCUCACAGUUGUUCAUCAAAUGUCAGGGAUUUUCUGGUCUUCAUAUUCUCUCAAGAGUAUAGUUUUAUCAUUGGCAUGACUCAAUCUUAUUCAUGGAGCUUGUUGUGGAGACCUUGAUCUUACAUCAGGUCCAAAUGAAGACCUGAUAUUAUGUCAGGAGCAAAAGUCAAGGAAAUUGUAGGAAAAGCCAGAAGGUUCUUGGGCAACAGCUCUGGCUUUCCAAAUCAGUUUUUUAUCAGGCAGGUAAAACUCAUUUGCAGUGUCACUUUAUAUCUGAUUUCAGGUUUCCUUCCUUGAUUUAGGUAAAUCAUUGUUCGUUGAAAGUGAGAUGAAACUUUAUGCAGAGUCUCUAUAGGAUAGAAAAACACUUGCAGCUUUCUGCCCACUUUCAGUCAGGUAGAGCAACAGCUACUCUGCACAAUUGUGUGAAGAAAACUGAUAAUGAUUCCUAGCAGGGACUAGGCAAUGACGCUAGAAAAACUUCAGGCAUGAAAAGGGAUCAAUUUCUAGUUACCAGUGUGGCUCACCUGGUGAAGACCCACAACGUGUUGUGUAAUACAUCUGUUAUUCACUGAGAGUGGCUGAUCAGAUAUCCUAGUUUGAGCUUGGACAAAUCCUGAGAGAUAGACUCCUGUCAAUGCGGGCAAACACAUUCAGUCUCCUAGAACUGUUAGAUUUCCAACUGUCUUUUAAUCACCUCCCUUUCACCUUCCACAGCCCGGUUUGAGGGUCUGUGUGUUAUGUUUUGAAAUACUUUUGAUAAACUAUCUUUGGUUAUGUGGUUGAAAAGAUUCUGCCUUUGGGUGCAUUGCUCACUGACUGCUUGGUUUACGAUAAUGUAUAAUCAUUGUGAAAAGGUAUUUUAUCUUCAGCUGUUGGACAAUCCAGGAAAAGAUAAAACAGAGGAAUGAUAUUGAGCUAGCUGGGCAAAUAUGACCAAUAGCAUUGAUCUGUGUGAAUUUUGACAGCUGCAAUAGGAACUUUGUCAUCUUGCAAGAAUAUAAAUUGCCAGUGGAAAGACUACAGCCUUGUACUGAAGGCAUCAUGCGUGUCCUCCUCCUACUCGCAGCUGUAGGGUUUUGCUGGGCGCAAUACAACCCUAAUACUCUCUCUGGGAGGACAUCUAUUGUACAUCUCUUUGAAUGGCGCUGGGAGGAUAUUGCUCUUGAGUGUGAACGCUAUUUAGCUCCUAAUGGAUUUGGAGGAGUUCAGGUUUCACCUCCAAAUGAAAAUAUUGUCAUUACUAGCCCAAACAGACCCUGGUGGGAAAGAUACCAGCCCGUCAGCUACAAGCUCUGCACUCGAUCGGGAAAUGAAAAUGAAUUCAGAGACAUGGUGACAAGAUGCAACAAUGUUGGAGUUCAUAUUUAUGUGGAUGCUGUUGUCAACCACAUGUGUGGGGCUGCGGGUGGCUCAGGCACACAUUCUACCUGUGGAAGCUAUUUUAAUGCUGGGAACAGAGAUUUUCCAGCUGUGCCAUACUCUGGCUGGGAUUUUAAUGAUGGCAAAUGUCGAUCUGGAAGUGGAGAAAUUGAAAAUUAUGGUGAUCUGUAUCAGGUCCGGGACUGCCGCUUGGUUAGCCUUCUUGAUUUAGCCCUGGAGAAGGACUACGUACGCUCAAAAGUUGCUGAAUACUUGAACUAUCUCAUCGAUAUUGGUGUAGCAGGCUUCCGACUUGAUGCUGCCAAGCAUAUGUGGCCUGGAGACAUAAGAGCAUUUCUGGACAAGCUGAAUGAUCUAAACACCAAAUGGUUUGCUCCAGGAACAAAACCUUUCAUUUACCAGGAGGUAAUUGACUUGGGUGGAGAGCCGAUCAAAGGCAGUGACUACUUUGGAAACGGGCGAAUAACAGAAUUCAAAUACGGUGCAAAACUGGGGACAGUGAUCCGCAAGUGGAAUGGAGAAAAGAUGGCCUACUUAAAGAACUGGGGAGAAGGCUGGGGCUUUGUGCCUUCCGACAGAGCCCUGGUCUUUGUGGAUAAUCAUGACAACCAACGAGGGCACGGGGCUGGUGGAUCUUCCAUUCUAACCUUCUGGGAUGCCAGGCUUUAUAAAAUGGCAGUUGGUUUCAUGCUUGCUCAUCCAUAUGGGUUCACACGUGUGAUGUCAAGUUUUCGCUGGCCAAGAUAUUUUGUAAAUGGGCAGGAUGUCAAUGACUGGGUUGGGCCACCAAGUAACGCGGAUGGAUCAACGAAGCCUGUUACAAUCAAUGAAGACACCACCUGUGGCAACGAUUGGGUUUGUGAGCAUCGCUGGCGUCAAAUAAGGAACAUGGUUAUCUUCCGUAAUGUGGUGGACGGUCAGCCUUUCUCCAACUGGUGGGACAAUGGCAACAAUCAAGUGGCUUUUGGCCGUGGUAAUAAAGGCUUCAUCGUUUUCAAUAAUGAUGACUGGCAUAUGAACGUCUACUUGCACACUGGACUGCCCGCUGGUACCUACUGUGAUGUUAUUUCUGGACAAAAGGAGGGCAACAAAUGUACUGGAAAGGAGGUGUACGUUUCUGGUGAUGGAAUGGCUAAUUUUGACAUUAGUAACAGUGCUGAAGAUCCAUUCAUUGCAAUUCAUGUUGAUGCCAAGUUAUAACUCAAAGAGAAGUGUCUCUCUCCGUUUGAUCUGUGCGCUACCGUUUCCCCAAUAAGUGAUUCCUUGGUAUUUGAGCGUGACUGAUUCUCUAUAUCUAGUGAAUAAUAAAUGGCAAUCAAAUUGAAAAGUAAUGCUUUUCUCUUAAUAAAUUGGAUUGUAACUUUCUCACAUCAUAGCUGGUGGUGAUACAGUGGUGGAUUUUAAGGCAAUGCACAGCACUCCAUUUCCCACAGCACAGAAAGAUGGGAAAAAAUGAAAUAUGCCAAAAAAGCCCCCAAACCAACAUCUGGAUAAGAUAAAAUGCAGUAUUUCCAAGGCUGAUACGUGCACACACAUCUGUAUCCCUGAGCAGCCGCAUUGUGGGCAGUCAGCCACAAGC